GGUGCUGUACAAAAUAACAAACUAAACUAAAGACUCAGGAGAGAUGGAGUGAGGUAGCAUGGAUGGAUGGAUGGAUGGAUGAAAAAGUAAACUUAUGACGGGUGGAAUGGAGGCAUGUGUACGUGUCGGGGGGUAUGACCCGAGUCUUAAGUGCUUUAAUACGUGGCUGUCUAUCAGGGAGAGAGAGGCGUGUCAUACACCCAUGGCAACACAUCACGCUCCCACUCAAUGGUGGGGAGGAGGGAGUAUGGAUGGUGCGAUAGCCAAUCGAGAGGAAUCUACUGACCAGUGGUUCCUUUGAGGGGCAGAGACCAUAACAGGAACCUAGGUGCUAUCCCUUUGCGAUCCCCUUUUUUCUAUAGAGAACCACAGGGUCCCUGUCCAUGUUCUAUAGUCCUCACUCCUAAUAGUAAUGUCUCUUUUUUUUUUUUUUUUUUUUCUGAGGAUGUUUCAUUUCACUCCCAGUAUUUUUUUUUUUUGUUCACUGUUUUCAUGAGUCCCCUGAUUUAUAUAUAUAUUAUACAUAAAUAAGGAAUGCUUUUGGUUCCAAAUCCAUCCUUGCUCCACUUCAAUAUCUUUAAAAAAAAGGAUAUAAAUAUAUAUAAAUAUAUACUUUUGUGUAAAUGUAUUCUUCUCCCUAGUAUGAAAGAAAACAGUCCUGUAGCAAUGUAAUUAUUUUCAGAAGCCUUUUUCACUUUUGUGUUUUUUUUGUUUUUGUUUUUUCCAAGAAAAAUAAAUACUACGGUGGACAGAAAAAAUGAGUCUAUUUUCCCACUAGUGCAAUUAUGAUGAAUGAAUGCGGUCUGAACAAAGAUGUUCUAUUUUUAAUUCAGUGUUGGUUGAUUCCGAAUAAGCUAUUUUAUUUUGUAUACACCCCCUCCCAUUCCCGUGCAGUUGUUAUAACCUGGAACCAAAGCUGAACCGUCACUAAUAUAAAUAAAUAAUGCAUGCAGUUAGUCUUAGCAACUUGAGAGAGAAGCCUCUCCCCCGGCGAUAUUCACCAUGUUCGGACCAUUGCACGGCUGAAAAGCAUUCAUCAGCGAGUGAUUUGUUUAGGGGAUAUGAGACAAAGCCAUUCCAAGGCUUCCUUUCCUUAUUACUGUCUAGAUAUUUGAAGAACCCAUCCGUCACUGACACCUCUGCACUCGGAUUUGCCAACUCGAGCGACCUGGAUGCAAAAUGGAAAUAAGGCCGCUCCCUGGUCAUCUACAAUUGCACGGAGACGGUGUCCACAGUUAGCAAACCAAACCAAUGACUGACAUUGACAUGUUAUGAUUCUACCUGAUUUUCAGUAACUGCACUCGUUUUGUGCUGUGAAACGUUUUCUUUUCCUGACUAGUGGAGACUAGAACAACUGCUUGUCUAUAGGUUUACAAUCAAGUCAGCUAGCUUGCUAAGAUGGAGACAUUGGUAGGAAGCAACAUUAACUUACUUAAUUGUCCAAUGACCGCUAGCGAGCUAACCGAGUCAUCAUGGUAAGGACUAGUUAAUUACAUCGUGUCGUUGUUUAGCUAGUGUGUAUCAACACUGUUUACAGUUUACAUUUCGAAAAUUUCCUUGCUGGUUUCUUGUAUUACACCAAUGACCAUAGCUACUUUUAGCUAGAUAGCUGUUUACACUUGCUUAUUCGUGUGCUCCACUUGCAGCUUACAACUACACUUUGACAAGGUACCCCCCUCCUCCCUCUCACAUGUCGUCACCUGCUGGCAAUGAUCUAUUAUUGUAUUUAAUAAAUUUCCAUUAAGACACAUUGGUGUUUGCCUUUUGCUCUGGUAGCACAGAAGGCUAGCUAGCAGCAUAGCAUCGUAGUAACCUAGCUGGAGCACCCCGUAGUCCAAGAGUACCCCCUCCAAGCUUUCGUGCCUGGAUAGAAAGGUGGGUGGUGAUUGCACUAUAUUUUACCAACCGUUGACUUGGCGACCUGGACGAGGAAUCCGUGUUAUCUCGCUUUCAAACAUAAGUAUCAUACUGGACAUUAUUACACCUGCUAUUGAACAAUGGCACAGGAAGCAUUUCCAUUGCAUUAUUUGGUGUGGAACAAUCAAUACCAAGAGCUGGACAGAGAGCUGCAGAGUGAACAGCAAGAUUUGGAGCGGCUGGACCCGCGCGGCCGUACUCCGCUCGAGCUCGCCAUAUGCCUGGGACACCUCGAAUCGACGCGCGUACUUCUCAGACACAAUGCGGAUCCCACGCACUGUAAUGCACAAAACUGGACAGUGUUGCAGGAGGCAGUCAGCACCGGUGACCCUGAACUAGUGCAGUUGGUCCUCCAGUACAGAGACUUCAAAAGGGCCACAGAGAGGCUGGCAGGAAUACCUGAACUACUUAGCAAACUGCGACAAGCCAGAGAUUUCUAUGUCGAGAUGAAGUGGGAGUUCACCAGUUGGGUUCCUUUGGUAUCGAAGGUGUGUCCUAGCGAUGUGUACCGUGUUUGGAAGAGUGGCUCAUGUCUGCGGGUGGACACCACUCUGCUGGGCUUUGAGCACAUGACCUGGUUAAAGGGCCACCGCAGCUACAUCUUCAAGGGAGGAGAGAGUGGUGCGGUUGUCAUGGAAGUCGACCAUGACAAACAGGUGGUGUACACAGAGCCACUGACCCUCUCUCCCCGUGACGCCUCGUCUCUGCUGGAUGCCAUGCUGCCCUCACAGGAGAAUACCGCACAGAGGCUCACCUCUCCCAUUGUGUCUACACACCUCAACACACGCAACAUUGCCUUUGAGAGGAAUAAGUCUGGUAUCUGGGGCUGGCGCUCUGAGAAGAGUGAGGUUGUCAGUGGAUACGAAGCCAAGGUUUACAGUGCCAGUAAUGUGGAGUUGGUGACACGGUCUCGAACAGAACAUCUAUCAGACCAAGACAAGUCUAGAUGUAAGGGCUCCAAGACGCCUCUGCAGUCAUUUCUGGGUAUAGCAGAGCAGCAUGUCGCACAGAAUGGAAGUCAAGUGUCUCAAUGUGCGAGUCCGCAUAACCCCACGGCCAUCACAGCAGAGGAAUACUUUGACCCAGAGUUCGCUCUGAAUGACAGAGACAUAGGACGACCUGUGGAGCUCACCAGCAAAGUGCAGAAAUUUAAGGCCACCCUUUGGUUGAGUGAAGCACAUCCCCUCUCAUUGGCUGAGCAGGUGACACCCAUCAUUGACCUCAUGGCGAUCUCCAACGCUCACUUUGCCAAACUUCGUGACUUCAUCACCCUGCGCCUUCCGCCAGGCUUCCCAGUGAAGAUAGAGAUUCCCCUGUUCCAUGUGUUGAAUGCUCGAGUGACCUUCAGUAACCUCUGUGGCUGUGAUGAGCCUGUCAGCUCUGUCACUGUACGUUCACCACCUGCAACUGAUGAACCUGACCAGACACCCCCUCCCCUCCACUGUGAAGUGGACCCAUCUGUGUUCGAGCCUCCCGCAGACUACACUACACUUGGACCAGGCCGCAGUGAGCCAAUGAGAGACGAGGAUGAUAACCUGCUGCAGUUUGCCAUCCAGCAGAGCUUACUGGACGCUGGGACAGAGAGUGACCAGGUGACCAUAUGGGAGGCUCUGACCAACACCCGCCCUGGCUCCCAGCCACCCCUCUAUGAGGACGACUCUCAGCUGGAGCGAGCCAUUCAGGAGUCUCUCUCCCUCUCACUGGGUGGGGAAGGAGGGGAGGCGACAGACCCGGCACUUCCCGAGUCCAGCUCGCCCACACACCCCUCCCUCAACUCCCCGCCCUCGUACUCCUCACUGACCGAGCCCAGGGUGCCGGGAGCCUUCGCAAUGGGAAGUAGUUUUGACGAGCAGCUACGCAUCGCCAUGGAGCUCUCGUGCCGGGAGCAGGAGGAGCUCGACAGGAAGAGGAGGGAAGAAGAGGAGGAGCUGGAAAGGAUACUACAGCUGUCACUCACCGAGAAGUAACAGUGAUGAGCACACAGAGGGAGUAGGUGUGUGGGGUGAAUCAAGGGUUAAUUUAUUUGCACUUUUACUUUUUCUUGUUAAAUUAUUCUUUCCCCCUUCAUUCCAACUAUUUUACAAAAUAAAAUUAGUACCAGAUGGGUUUGAAGAAGUGACAAAAGAUGGACAGAAAGAAGGUGGAGAUUAUGGAUUAUGGGGGUAAGGACAGAAAUAAAGAAAAGAAAAACUGUGGAAUUAUGGCAUCCCUGCUGUUAUCCACUACCCUUCUGUUAUCCACUACCCUGCUGUUAUCCACUACCCUGCUGUUAUCCACUACCCUUCUGUUAUCCACUACCCUGCUGUUAUCCACUACCCUUCUGUUAUCCACUACCCUGCUGUUAUCCACUACCCUUCUGUUAUCCACUACCCUGCUGUCAUCAUUUUGAGUCUACAAAACGUCAAGCUUUAAAUGGAUAAAGAUAAAGAUAAAACUGAUGAAUAUAGUUGUGGAUAAAAUGAAUAACUCUAAUGUUUGAAAUGGAGUCAUGGUGGCUCACAUGAAUAUGACAUGAAAAAUGAAUCUAUUAAAUGUUCUUGAAACAUUUA